ACAUCUGAAUUAAGACCAAAGGGGCGGGCUUCGUGUGGCACUGAGUCGGAUCUGAUUGGUGGAUGCCAGUGCCAAAGCCGGCGGUUCGUCGUGUCAGGCGCUGAUGAUUGGCUGGCCGGCUGCGCGUGCACAGCAGUCGGCUUAGCCGUUUGAAUGUGCGGAGGAGCGGAGGAUCAUUUCCAUGGACCAUCUGUCUCGCUGGCUGCACACACAACAAAGGAGGACACAGGAUGGUGUUAGUACACGUUGGAUAUCUGGUUCUCCCUGUCUUCGGCUCAGUUAGAAAUAGAGGAGCUCACUUCACCAGGCAUCAACACAGCCAUGCUACCUCCUGUCGACACUUUCAUCUGGGCGCUCCGCAGGCGCCCAUCUCAGCAGAGUUUCCUUUAGGUCACGCCAGCCAGCCCCCACAGACGGGCCUGGCCCCCCAACUUUCCCCGGGACAUCACCCGCCCCUCACUGCCCUGCCUGCCGCCCCGCAGUUUCAGGAUGUGCCCGGGCCUCCAUUUCUACCUCAGGCCUUACACCAGCAAUACCUCAUCCAGCAGCAGCUUCUGGAAGCGCAGCACCGCCGGAUUCUCCCCCACUCCAGAAGAACACAGGAGCGGAUGCCCAUCAACCCUCACCGGUUGCGGCCGGGCUACGAGUACUCCCCUCCCCUUCACGUUCCUCAGCCAAUGACACAGCAGCCGCGGUACCUGGCCGAGGGCACUGACUGGGAUCUGAGCGUUGACGCUGGCCUGCCUCACCACCAGUAUCAGCUGCAGCAGCUACCACAGCACUAUCAGCAUUACUUGGCCUCUCCCAGGAUGCACCACUUCCCCAGAAACACGUCCUCUGCACAGGUGGUCGUUCAUGAAAUCAGAAACUACCCUUACCCCCAGCUGCACCUUCUGGCCCUCCAAAGUCUGAAUCCUUCAAGGCACGCAACCGCUGUCCGGGAAAGCUACGAGGAGCUGCUGCAGUUGGAGGACCGAUUGGGAAGUGUGAACAGAGGAGCAGUUCAGACGACGAUAGAGAGAUUCACCUUCCCACACAAGUACAAGAAGAGGAAGCCCCUGCAGCUAAAGAUUGGGGAGGAGGAGGAGGAGAUGGAUGUGGACGAGAAAUGUACCAUCUGUUUGUCAAUGCUGGAGGACGGAGAAGAUGUUAGGAGAUUACCCUGCAUGCACCUCUUCCAUCAGGGCUGCGUGGACCAGUGGCUGGCCACCAGCAGGAAGUGUCCAAUCUGUCGCGUGGACAUCGAAACACAGCUGAACCCUGACAGCUGAUGAGAUUUAACCUCCUCCCGCCUUCCCUGUCAAUCACCUCCGUGUGGUUCCAGCUUUCUUCCACUCCGGCCAGGACAGCCGCUUCAUCCCGCCCCUCCUCCACCCCACCAGCCCCCUCCCCACACGCAGUUGGGUGCUUUGCCAAAUGUCUCUAGACGUCAUGUGACAUCAUCUCCUUUCUGACUGUCGCUUUACUGAGCCAAGCCAGGUUUACUAACCGCACGAGAGGCCUCGAAGGUUUCUCUUUACGUAGAAGCACAUCCUUCUGGAAGCAAAACACACACACACACACACACACACACACACACACACACACACCCACACACACACACACACACACACACACACACACACACUUGCAUACUCAUGUACACAGGGUUUACUUGUAGCUUGCUGGGGUGUUGUUGCUGUUGUGGUCUUGUACUGUAGGUAGCCUCGGGCUGUGUAGCAUGUCCUUAAAGCCAUGACUCAAUGUCCUGAGAGCAGAAUACACCUAACCCUCCCAGCUGGCUACUUACUCUCUUUCUAUAUAUAUAUAUAUAUGAAUAUAUAUAUCAAUAUAUAUAUAUUUCUCUUUUCAAUCAAAUAAAUACUCUGCCACGCAAGAAAGCUUAUCAGACACUAAACGCCAUGUUUACCUGAAGAUCAUUUGUGGUCGUAGUAGAGUAGCAGUAAGUGAAAUCUGGUGUUUCCUCAUGAGAGAAGAGUGUUUUUGUCAUGCAGCUUUGACAUUUUUGCAAUACAGGCGUGCGUUUACUCUGGGUUGGUGUCUUGUGAGAUGGUGCCCAGUCGCGUGUUUGAACUUAAAAUAAGUGUUUUUGCUACCAAAAUGCAUUUUUGUCACGUUGUAGUUUGACCUAAUGUGCAGCUUCACACUCGUGAAAGUGUCUAACUGAUGAGGGAAUCGUGUGAAACCUGAGCCGCACUCACACUUGGAUAAACUGGGUCCGUCUCACAGCAGAGCUCCGCAGUGGUCUCGUGCAUGACUGUGAUGAUACGUCACAAGUGCUAGCGUUAGCGCCGUUUUAUUUCUCAUUGUUGUCUCAGUUGUACCUUACGUGUCAUCGCACUGCUGUCGAAAACGCAGACUUCAUUUACCGAUUGGCUACCGUUUCUUUUUCAAUGCAAUGAAUCAUAGUUCCGAUAUGUUGCCGCUCUGACUGAACCCAGAACCUUUCUCAAUUGAACUUGCUAAGCGACGCACACAUUUCCAAACUGAUGUGUGAGUUUUUGUUGGCUAGCUGUCCAGGUCUCAUGCCAACCCUAUUCUUAAAAGGCUCAGAGGGUGACAAACCUGACGUUGCCGGUGUAUGGGCUAAGCUAAGCAUCAGAUAUUAUGGAAGUUAAAAAAAACAUAUGGAAACUUAGAAUGACCUCCCUCAAAGAAUGAAAAAAAAAAACAGAUUGAUAUCGCCUGUUAGAGGAGUGAUAGCCAGGGAUGGUUUCGUAAACAUACAUUGUGUUUGACUGUUUAAUGUCUGGGUGAAACGCCACACUUCCGACAUGCUACGGCGCGGCACAGAUUGCCAACUGUGAGUGCGACUUGCAACACUAGCUAGGUUCCGUGCAUGGCUACAUAGGAAUGCGUAUCACACACACAAAGCCAAAAAAAAGAAGCUGCAGAAUGUUGUUGGAGAAAGACUUAGCUGCUCGUGUACCUGUGGCUCACCUGGCGCCAAGCCAGCGGCAGAACAGCGUGCUCUGAAAUCUGCAUGUUCUGGUUCCAAACGGUACAGAAACGGCUGUGCAUGACUUCAUCCGAGCUGUGACGAUCCACACUAACUACAAAAAGAAGAAAAGAACUGUCAGUGGCUGUGUCGCUGACUUGUAGCGUACGACUGGAUCCUCUCUUUAAUGUUUACCUUAUUGCCUAAAGAACAAGCACAUGUGACAAUAGUUAUAUAGCAACAAGCAUUUUCUCUGUUGGUUUCUAUUUAGGUCUAGAUUCAUGCAGCAGUGUUUUGGCAGCGAGAGAAGCUUGCGUAUUGAUCGUGCGUGUUGGUGUGACAGACCUCCCCUCGUGGUUGCUAUGCUGGUUGCUAUGCUGUAGAAGAUGUAGAAUGUGGUGCGACGGAGGCAGCUUCUCUCUCACAGUGCACACAGACAAGAGACGAUACAUUCAGGCUGUCGACUCCACUGGAAAAGUGGUGGCUACAUUUGUGUUUUUAACCCUUUCCGUUCCUGUUAUUACAAGCCUUUAGGACCCUCACUGUCCUCUGCACUGUGAUAGUAUUAACGCUCGGCCUGCCCGGCUCGAGUUCAAUCCAGAUUCCGGAUCCUGGUCUUGUGCACUGCCAGUGUUGACACUGCCUCCUCCUGUAGUGGAGUCAUCUGUGACGAAGUUUUCAUAGUUUACACAGGGUGUUGUCAGUUGAGAUGCCUUAAGUAUUUAACAAUCAUAAUUUAUGACUAACUGUAGAUAUGGUGUAUUUAAUUUUUAUAUGAUUUUUUUUUUCUUCCUUUGAUGGGGUGACUAUUUAUUUAUUUAGAAAUAACUGAAAAUACUACGAAAAAAAACAAUUACCUCAUUUUGCGUUGUUUUAAAUGGGAAUGCUUUGCAUGCAGUUGUAUCUUCUUGGAAGACAAAAAAGAUCCGCUGUUAAUUCUACAUGAGCUGGCUGUGUGAUGUUUACUGUCCCAGGCUGAGCUACUGAGCCCCCAUCGCCUCCCCGACCCUCACCCUUCCUCUCCCUCCCACUCCGAGGCGGUGUCCACGCUGCGUACUGUAACUUCAUUGGAAAAUACAAUUGGAAAAUCACUUCACUUCACUCAGCCCUACAUUGAAUGCUAUCUGGGAAAUAUGCGAGUAUGUCUGCGGUGACAAACAGAAUAGGUUUUCAUUUCACAACCCACCGGAUGUCUAUACUCUAAAAGUACUUAUGAAGUGUACUUUUUUGUUUUCUGCUUUACCAGUUUGGCUGCUAGUAAUGCUGACCGUUAGCAACUUUGCUGUCUUUCUUUUAGCUAACACAUUCCGUCUCGCCUUUAAGUUACAAAAAAGUUCCCCUAUGUUCUGAAAAGCAGUCCGAAAAAAACCUGCUUGUUUUUAUGCGUCUUAAUCAGUUCAGAUUGUUAAAAGGUUGUGGUGGCAUUCCUACGCUCUGAAAUUGGAAUCGUCUAAACAAGUAUCUUGGACCAGAACUUCGCAGAAAUCUGGACCGCUGUCCAUGAUGCCAGUGACAGUGUAGAUAUUGCCAUAAAGAAACGUUUAACUGUUUAACUUUUUUGCUUUCAGAUGAAAGUGAUUUCUCAUUUGCCGGGCCUGUUUAAGGAAAAAAGAAUAGCAAUGUCAUUAGUUCCUGUGCAUCACAACCCCGUACCUUUUGUCAUGUACUUCAGGCAGAGGCAUUUGUUGACAUGGGUACAUCAAAGCACCAGACUGCCGGAAGUGAUGAUCCCACUUGUGACACCAUUUGUCACUGAAGUGGAGCUCACCAGUACAUUUCAUCCUCUCAUUCACUUUAAUGGGGUGCGAUUCAAGCGUCAUUUUGUGUGUUCUCACCAAGCCUGGCUGGGUUUACUCCGGGCUCGGCACUUUUCUCGCACUGUCCAAAGACAAACGGAAAAACUCGAGACUUUAAAGGACCAAAUAUAUUGCUGAUUCUUUAAAGCUGCCCCUGACACACCCAAGAUUCGUGUCUUCAACCGUUCCUCUGACGUAGUUGCGUGGACUCGCCUCGCCUCGCUCAUGUGGUGCUGUGGAUCUUAGUUACAUUCCAUUCAAUGCAAUUCCUGCCCCCCUCCUCCCUCCUCUCUACGCUGUGAUGAUGUAGUGGACAAAUUGCAAUGAAGUGACUCUGGUUUUAGUUUGUGAUCUUUGUUUCUUUGCACUUGCUGUUUGAACAUGGGAACCCUCUCACUGGCAACAAAAUGUAGUUUAGAUUGAAACGUCGUCUCACGAUGCACUAUGGGUCUUAAAACGCUCUCUUCCCUUGUGUUGCUUUACUCUCUCUCGUCCAUUAACAAGUGCCUCGCUUUAGUGUGUUUGGAGAUCUUUCCAUUCAACUGGAACCAUCGAAACAAUCAACCCGCGACGCCUCCAUGCCUUAGUGGUUGCACAAUUGUGGGUCAUGACAAGACAAGGUCCUUUAAAAAGCCAUUUUCCUAAAAAAAGAAAAUAGAAAAAAAGAAAAGAAAACCCGUAGCUGUUGGUCUGAAUUGACACACUGGAAGUAGUUCUAACAAAGAGGCAUGUUUCAUGUUGGGCUUUCUCUCCUCUUCUCUCCUCUUUUUUUUCACUCUGCCGUCCAUCUCUCUUCUCAGCGUCUCCGCAAGGAUUACAAAGCACAACCUUUUUCUAAAAUGCAUGUUUUCUCAGGUUUCUCGACGGUGUAAAAUAUAUACAAAGAUUAUAAACACAUUUUGUUGCUGCUUGAAUCUGAAGGAGGAUAAAAAAAAAGCCCCAAAAAGUGCCAGUGAAAGGGCUGCCGCCAUCCUCGUGUGAAAAUCUGCUGUUUUAGCUGUGACUGCGCAAUGUUUCUCUCUAUAGGAUGUUUUAUCUGAAAAUAGAACUAUUUAUCAUUAAUAUUGAAGCAAUAGUGCAUUAAUGAGUGUGUUGAUGCUGACAUGAAUGAGCAUAUUAUGAGUCAAUGUUAGAUUCACAUGUGGUGAAAUUUUGUACUUAAUUUAUUAUUUGCUACUAAUAAUAUUGAUGAUUUCAAAAAGUUGCAUUGCUAAACCCAAACUCUUCUGUUUUGUAUUUUAUUUUGUUUCAUGGCUUGUAUAUUCUCCUUUUGUAUGUGCUCUUUUUGUAAUAAAUUGGAUA